AGGAGCAGGAGGUAACACUUGUGCACUUAGAUCUGUUUUUUGUUUUGCUAAAAGACUACUAAGACUACUUGAAAAAGUUACAAAGAAAAAAGGAAAAAAAAAAAAAUAUUGUUGCGUAAUCCAAAGCUCAUACCUGUUGUUUCAGCUUCCUCUGUUAACCAAUAUCCAUAACAGAGCCUUUAUCUGCUGGUAACAUUAAUUCUCAUUUAUUUUUUCUAUAUUUUCAUCUACGCUACGUUUUGAUCAGCAUCAUUUCAUUUUUUUGGCUGUCACAUUGUAUUGUCUUUUUAUUUGUUUAUGUGAAAUUAAAAAAAAAAAAAGAAAAAGAAAAAGAAAAAAAGAAGCGAAUACAGAGAGACAUAGAGAGCUACAGUACCUAACAAGGAGGCAGGGAUUUGGAAUUAAAAAUGGAUGCUGUGAUUGCAAUUGUUGCGAAAAUUGGUGAAUACACAGUGGCACCAGUUGGUCGACAAAUUGGCUAUGUUUUUUCGUAUAGAAGCAAUAUGGACAACCUCGACUCCAAAAUUCGACAGUUGGAGUAUAAGGAAAACCGGCUCCAACAUUCUGUUGAUGAGGCCAAAAAUAAUGCUCAUGAAAUCGAAGCCAAUGUUCAAGAGUGGCUUGACAGAGUACCUGCAGUCAUUGAGGAGGCUAGAAAUUUUCGAAGAGACGAAUGCCGAGCAAAUACGAGGUGUUUAAUUGUUUCAUUCCCAAACCCGGUGUGGCGACAGCGGCUGAGCAGAAAAGCAAAGAAGAUGGUACAGAGCAUUACCAGUGAAAUUCAAGUUGCAGACGAGUUUGAUCGGGUUUCUCACCUCCCCACCCGAGGUUACGAGGAAUUUAGAUCGAGAAUGUCAACUUUGACGAUGAUGAUGGAGGCACUGAGAGAUCCCAAUGUUAAUACGAUUGGAUUGUAUGGGAUGGGAGGUGUUGGUAAAACCACGCUGGCUAGAGAAGUUGCUAGAAAAGCAAUGGAAGAAAAGCUUUUCAGUCAAGCUAUUCUGGUUACUGUAUCCCAAAACCCAGAUUAUAAAAGUAUUCAACAACAAAUUGCAGGCGAGCUAGGUCUUACGUUGGAUGAUCGGACAAGCUUAUCUGCCAGAGCAGAUCGACUACGAAGUCGAUUGAGGCAAGAAAAGAGGAUCCUCAUGGUUGUAGAUGAUGUAUGGAAAAGGAUCGACUUGGAUGAAGAUGUUGGUAUAUCAUUUGGGGUUGAUCAGAAGCAAUGCAAGAUACUAUUGACAUCCAGGUUUUAUAAUGCGUUAAAGAAUGAUGUGAGAAAUGAAAAUACUUUUGAGGUUGGAAAAUUAUCUGCAAGUGAAUCCAUGGAUUUAUUUAAUAAAACAGCAACAGACGAUUCAGAUGGAAAGCCCGAGUUUCCAGAUUUGGCAACUCAGAUUGUUAAAGAAUGUGCUGGCUUACCGCUUGUGAUAACAGUAGUAGCAAGUGCAUUGAAGAAGGAACCUAAUUUCCACGUUUGGAAGAAUGCUUUGGAUGAGUUAAGAAGGGCAAGACCAGAUAACAUCGAAGGAAUGCAUGAAAGAGUGUACUCCAGUGUCAAGUUAAGUUACAAUUUUCUGCCAAGUGAAGAAGCGAAGUCAUUGUUGUUGCUCUGUAGUUUAUUUCCAGAAGAUGUAAACAUCGACACUGGUGAUUUGUUGAAAUAUGCUUUUGGUUUGGGCUUGCUUCAAGGCCCUUUUCGUAAUUUUGAAAUGGCAAAAAAUAGGAUGUUUACGCUUAUUGAAAUUCUUAAACGUUCCAGUCUUCUGUUGGAUGGCAAUUCCCAUCUAAAAUUUCUUGAACCAGAAAAGGAAUGGGUAAAAUUGCAUGAUGUGAUCCGUGAUGUUGCUAUAGAUAUUGCAUCCAAAGAGAGGCGUUGGUAUAAUAUCAGAAAUCUUGAUGAGUUGGAUGAAUACAUGAGGAGGGACCACAAAAAUUUCAAAGAUGCCAUUGCAAUUUCACUCCUUAGCUGCACAGAUGUCGUUGAACAGCUUCCAGAUGAAAUAUUGGAAUGUCCACAGCUUAAGUUAUUAUUGAUUGAAUCGUCUUAUUGUCAAAUUGCAGAUCCAUUUUUGGAAGGAUUGAAAGAGCUUAGAGUUUUAUAUUUGAGUUCUGUUAAUUUGGAUCCACUGCCUUCAUCCUUUCCUUUUCUUCAGAAUCUACGAACAUUGUGUUUGUAUGGAUGCAGAUUGGGCAACAUAGCUCUAAUUGGAGAGCUCAAAAAUUUAGAAAUUCUUGACCUUUCAACAUCUGAAGUUGUGGAGUUGGGAAGUGAAAUCGGACAACUGACUCGACUGCGGCUGUUGGAUUUAGGAGGAUGUGAGAAACUUAGAGUUAUUCAACCAGAUGUCCUGGGGAGUUUGCGAAAUCUAGAAUGGCUGAAUUUAAGUUACAGCUUUGGAAACUGGGAGGUUGAAGGAGUAAUUGGCCUUGAAAGAAGAAAUGCCAGUCUCAGUGAGCUAAACAAUCUGCCUCAACUUAGCUCUUUGUUAAAUCUAAGCAUUCCCAAUUUUAAUACUCUACCAAAAGGCAUUUUCGGGGAAAAAUUUGAAAGCUUUUCCGUAAACUUGGGAGCGUGUUUUAGACCUUCCCUGACACGUCAUCCCGAAAUGGAGUUUGGAACUUAUAAAAGAAUGUUGUCGGUGGACCUGGAAAGAAGCAGUCAAUUAGAUGAGCUUGGGCAUGGAAAUUUGUUAGAAAGGUCUGAUGCGAUAGUAUUAAGAGGAUUAGAGGGUGUGAAUAGUGUUGCUUAUGAGUUAGAUAAAGAGGGUUUUCCACAUUGUAAGCAUCUUAUAGUUGCACAUAACGCUAGCAUUCUGUACAUCGUAAACUCGGUUGGACAAACUGCCUUUCUGAAUUUGGAGAUUUUGAGACUUGAAAGAUUGGUUAAGUUGGAAAAGAUCUGCCGUGGAAGACUCGCACCGGACUCUUUUGUCAAUUUGAGGCGACUUGGUGUAAUUGAAUGUCAUAGAUUGAAGAAUAUCUUCUGCUUCUCCAACGCCAAACUGCUUGAGGAAAUUGAAGUGGAGGAUUGCGAGAUGAUAGAGGAGAUAGUUGACAACGAUGAAGCCAUUAAUGCUAAGAUUGAGUUUCCUCGUUUGCGCUCAUUACGGUUGAGAGGAUUACCGCAGCUUCUACAGUAUUGCUCUGAUCAUCAACCAAAGAGUACAACUGAUACCAGUUCCAUUCCUCUUUUUAAUGAAAAGGAUCAGUUUCCCAGCAUGGAGGAAUUGCAGUUGCUAUCACUUAAUAGUUUGCAAAUGAUAUGGGACAUGCAAUUUCUUGAAAAGUUUGAUAAUAAUUUAAGGAGAGUGACUGUGAAUGGCUGUCAUAAUUUGAAAAGUCUAAUGCCUUCAUCUUUGUGUGGAAGUCUCGUGCAUUUAGAAUGGCUGGAAAUAGGUGGAUGUAAAAACAUAAGAGAGGUCGUUUCCAAAGAAGAAUCAGAAGGACAAGAAAAGCCGGGAAAGAUUUUGUUCCUUCAACUUAAAUCUCUUAAGCUAUAUGACCUUCCAAAGCUUAAGAGGUUUUGUGCCGGAGAUUGUAUUGAAUGUCCAUCAUUAAAAGAACUAGAUAUAAAAAAUUGCGGAAAAAUGGAGACUUUCAUCAGCAACUCUCUUCCAAGUCACAUUGACAAUGAAAAUGAAGAAAUAGAAUCAGUCAAUAAACAACCUCUCUUUGUCAAGGAUAAGGUUAAAUUCCCAAACUUAGAAGUACUGAAGAUUCACAAGAUUGAAGUCAUUAGUGAGAUAUGCCAUGGUGAUUAGUCCUCAACAUUGCCUUUUCCGAAGCUAAAGAGUAUAGCGUUGGAUUCCAAUUUCUCUGAAUCAUAUAAAUUUUCAUUCAAAUUCGUUCAAACACUUAAACAUCUUGAGCAUGUUCGUAUUUGCUGUCUAUUCAUGGAAUCACUAAUUAGUUCAGAUGAAGCACAUGACAUACUCAUUGCAUUUAAGAAUGGAUUUGAUUUCACUUCCAAAGUUGAUGCAUCUGUGUGACGAAAGUGUCCAAACAUGCAAAACCUUUCGGGUUGUGGAAGUUCUAGAAGUAUGGAGGUGUGAGAGAUUAAAGAGCCUAAUGACUUGUUCAAUGAGUUUCCAAAAUUUGACAACUUUGAGUGUACGUAUCAGAUUGCGAUGCAUUGGAAAAUUUAAUGGCUUCGGCAGCAGCGGCUCAAAGUCUGCAACAACUUACAGAAAUGAUGCUAUGCAAUUGCAAAAGAAUGACACAAAUAAUGGGGAGUAAUCAUGAAGCAGAAUUUGAUGUUGAAACAGAGAAAAACGAGAUUGGGUUUAGCAACCUGAAGAUUUUACGACUUCAUGAGUUGUGCAGCCUCGGAAUGUUCUACUCUGGAAAUAACAUAAUAAGACUUCCGAAUUUGGAACAAUUAAUUGUGAAUAAAUGCCCUGAGUUGAGAACUUUUUCUCAUGGUACUGUAUACAGCCCAAGGCUGUAUAGAAUAACGAUUAAACUAGCAUAUAAUUUGCUUAUUGAUCUUACGGAGCUUGUAAAAAAUUACAACGUGGAAUACCAGGAGUUUUGGAGGGUGAUGUUAAUACAACUCUACAUAAGCUUUAGGAGGACCAUCAAGCUGCUGCUAUCUCAUCACAACGCAACAUUACAUGAUAUAUUCAGAAUUAUCAGAAUCAGAAACAUCCAACAAGGAAAAAUCUUUCAUGCACUCAAACAUCUCCUUGUGGCGGCAAUGCUGUUUUGCUGUAGAUAUUGAAGUGAGCACAGUAACACUUCAAGGGGUACAAGAUUGGCUGUCACAGGGUGGCCGAGAUUGUUUGCUGAGUGGUAGCUAAUGGUUGUAAUUAAAGAGGAUGACCCAUAUCUUAAUUUGUGCUUUUAUUAGAUUUGAAGCCAGAAGGAAAGCUGAUUAAUCUAUAUGAAGUUGUACUUUUGAAGAUGACAUUUUAGUGUAAAACCUUGUUUAAUGUUGAUACAGGCUCAGGGUACAUACUCUAGACAUUGUGGUCAACAAUCCUGAUAUGGUUGAUCUUCUUUAUUAAUUUGUAGUUCUUUAUUAUAUAUUGGCUCAGUUGUGCGUGGGGAUUUGAACAGUUUCCAUUGUAUGCAUGUUGUGAAUUUGGCUAUAUGUCAAUUAUUUAUGUGUGUUAGUGGACC